AUGUUAUUCUUAAAAUUAUACGCAUUUUGGUUACUUCUGUCGCUAGUGAAUGGUUUAACAAUUAGUGAUAAUGUUGUCACUAGAGGCACAAUUGAUAUAAGAGCUGGCGGCAUUCAAAUAAAUAGAGGCAAAUAUUGGUCAAUUAUAAAUAAUGCACUUAGUGUUUUUGCUGGUGAUAUAAAUGUUGAAAAAGGUGGUGGUUUAUAUAUAUCAAGUACUUCACCUAUUAUACCUUUAACUAUUCAAUUAUUAGGUGGUUUAAAUUCAAUUAAAAAUGAAGGUAUUAUAUCAUUUAAUUCUGAUGCCUCAUUAACUUCAUCAAAUUAUAAUUUAAUUGGUUCAUCAUUUACAAAUAAUGGUGAAAUGUAUCUAUCUGCUUCUGGUAUUUUACCAUGUACAAUGUCAAUUUUAUCACCCAAUUGGAUUAAUAAUGGUUUAUUAGUAUUUCGACAAAAUAAAAGAGAUCAAGGUUUUGUUAAUUUAGGAGCACCAUUAGGUAAUAUUAACAACAAUGGUCAAAUAUGUUUACUCAAUCAAGUUUAUCAACAAAAAACUAAAAUUUCAGGUACCGGUUGUAUUACAGCUGAACUUGAUGCUACAAUCUAUAUUGCAAAUUCUGCUUUGUCCGUUUCAAAUGGUCAAACUUUUUAUUUAGCAGAUUCUGAUUCUUCAAUUAUAGCUCAAGCUAUUUCAACUCCUCAAACUUUUAAUGUUCUAGGAUUUGGUAAUGGUAAUAAGAUUGGUCUUACAUUACCUUUGAUUGGUAUUCCACUUAUUAGAAAAGGUUAUACAUAUGAUAAUAGGUCUGGUAUUUUAAAAUUAUACGGUGCAGGUAUUUUAACACAAAGCUUUAAUAUUGGUACAGGCUAUGAUAGUUCAUUAUUUUCAAUUGUUACUGAUUCUGGUGCUGGUUUACCAUCAACUAUAUUAGGAUCCGUCACUUAUCUGGUAUGUUUUAUUUUAAUUUUUUUUUAUUUUUUUUUUUUAGAUCUCAGGGGUAAGUUUUUAUCCGAGAUCAAUUUUUUUUAUUCCAAAAUAUUUUUUUGGAACAUUAAAAAAAAACCUCACGGUUAAAUUAGAACUAAAUAUGAGGAUACUAACCUAAUAAAGGGCCCAGUACCAAAUCCUGGAGUACCUUCUCAAUGUCAAGCUUGCAAAUUGCCACCUGCAAUACCUGGAGCUGAUCCAAUAGAGUAUACAACGACUUUGACUACCACAAUUGAUGGCUCCGCUACUGCUCGUGCUGGUGUAGUAGAAAUUUCAACAGAUAUCCAGGGCUCAUGGUUUACUACUACAAGUUUAUUUAAUCCAACAGAAACAUUAACAACAUUUUAUUCAGGAAAUGUUUUGACAACUGUAACUCAAAAAAACCCAGCGGGUUCGACAGACCUGGUUAUUGUAGAAUAUCCAUAUAACCCAACAAAAACAAUCACUAGUUUCUAUUCUGGCUCAGUUUUAACCACUGUAAGUGAAAAAAAUCCACCAGCAAGCACCGAUUAUGUAUCAAUAUUUUAUCCCUCAAAUUCAAAGAUAACAAAGUCAAGUUUUUACACAGGGAGUAUAGUUAGCACCUCAACACAAUCAGGAGCAUUUGGAGCAACGGACACCGUUAUUAUUAAUUAUCCUGCAAAUCCUACGACUACGAUUUCAAAAUUCUUUAGUGGAUCAUCUUUAACAACGUUGACUCAAAAAAAUUCACCUGGAAAUACAGACACUAUUAUAGUUGAAGUUCCAGCUAACCCAACAACUACUGUCACGUCAUUUUAUACUGGUUCAAGCUUAUCAAUGUCAACUGCAAAGAAUUCAUUUUCAAAAACUGACCUGGUCGUUGUAUAUUAUCCACCGAACCCUACAACUACAGUAUCAACAUUCUACAGUGGAUCUGUGCUUUCCACAUCUACUAAAAAAGGUUCUUUUGGUCAAACGGACUCUGUUUUUGUUCAAUUUCCUCAAAAUCAAAAAACUACAGUUUCAAGUUUUUAUUCAGGAAGUAUACUUAGUACAACUACUCAAAGUGGCUCAAUGGGCGGUGUGGAUACAGUUAUAAUUGAAUAUCCUUCAAAUCCAACUAGUACUUUGACAGCAUACUAUCCAGGCUCAACUUUAACUAUUGAAACGAAAACAGGAAAUUUUGGCUCAUCCGACUCAGUUAUUGUGAAAUAUCCUGUUAAUCCAACUACAACAACGACCAGAUUUUAUACUGGCUCAGUUAUAAGUUCAGAAACUCAAACAGACUCAUUUGGUGGCCUCAAUACCUUACUUUUGAAUUAUCCUUCAAAUCCAACUAGUACUUUGACAGCAUACUAUCCAGGCUCAACUUUAACUACUGAAACGAAAACAGGAAAUUUUGGCUCAUCCGACUCAGUUAUUGUGAAAUAUCCUAUUAAUCCAACUACAACAACGACCAGAUUUUAUACUGGCUCAGUUAUAAGUUCAGAAACUCAAAUAGACUCAUUUGGUGGCCUCAAUACCUUAAUUUUGGAUUAUCCAAGAAAUCCGACAACCACAGUCACUAGUUUAUACUCAGGAACAUCAGUCAGCACAUUCACUCUUUCAGGAACCUAUGGCGCUACCGACAGUGUGAUUAUUCAGUAUCCAUUUAAUUCAAAAACAACAAUCUCAAAAUUUUACUCAGGUUCAAUUUUAUCUACUUCAACACAAACAGGUACAUUUGGAGAUGUGGAUUCCGUUAUUAUUGAUUUUCCAGCUAAUCCUACAACUACUUUGACGUCAUUUUACGAUAAUUCUAUUAUAAAUUCAUAUACUUUUACAAAUGGACCAAGUUCAACAGAUCUUGUGAUUAUAAAUUAUCCUUACAACCCAACAACCACUAUAAUAAGUAUGUGGGAUAAAACAUACGCUUCAACUAGUACAAUUACGGCUCCAAUGGGGAAUGUAGACUCGAUUUUCAUAAAUUUACCACCUAACCCAACUUUAACUUUGACAAUCUUCUGGGAUAAUUCAUUUACAUCAACAAAAACAAUUAAAGAGUCAGCAGGGACUCCAGAUACUGUCAUUAUUGAGUAUCCUCACAAUCAAAUUGUCUCAACGACUGAGUUUUGGGAAUUUCCUUACACUACAACAAUUAUAGAGUCAAAUUCAGCAGGUAUGACAGAUGAAGCUAAAAUUUAUUACCCAUCAAAUUCAGAAACAUCAACUACUGAAUUUUGGGAUGAAACCUACCAAUCUACAUCAACAGAAACUGCGGAUUUUGGUUCGACUGAUGUUAUUCAUGUAUUAGAACCACAUAACCCAACUUCAGAAUUAACUAAAUAUUGGACAGGAAGCUUUAUUACGACAAUUACAAUCAAAAAUGGACCAUUGAAUACAGAUACUGUGGAAGUAUUAUAUCCAUCAAAUAGUGUUUCAUAUAUUACUGAAUUUUGGAAUGAAACCUACCAAUCUACAUCAACAGAAACUGCGGAUUUUGGUUCAACUGAUGUUAUUCAUGUAUUAGAACCACAUAACCCAACUUCAGAACUAACUAAAUAUUGGACAGGAAGCUAUAUCACGACAAGUACAAUCAAAAAUGGACCAUUGAAUACAGAUACUGUGGAAGUAUUAUAUCCAUCAAAUAGUGUUUCAUAUAUUACUGAAUUUUGGAAUGAAACCUACCAAUCUACAUCAACAGAAACUGCGGAUUUUGGUUCAACUGAUGUUAUUCAUGUAUUAGAACCACAUAACCCAACUUCAGAAUUAACUAAAUAUUGGACAGGAAGCUAUAUCACGACAAGCACAAUCAAAAAUGGACCAUUGAAUACAGAUACUGUGGAGAUUUUGUAUCCAUCAAAUAGUGUUUCAUAUAUUACUGAAUUUUGGGAUGAAACCUACCAAUCUACAUCAACAGAAACUGCGGAUUUUGGUUCAACUGAUGUUAUUCAUGUAUUAGAACCACAUAACCCGACUAUAGAGUUAAGUUCACAAAGUAUUGAAGCAUCUUCAUCAUCAACAAAUGACUUCAGUUCACAAAAUAAUGAUUACAGUUCAUCAAUUGCCGCACUUCCAAGUACGGAAAGUUCUAAUCGAGUCAUUUCAUCAUCAACAAAUGACUUCAGUUCACAAAAUUUGGAUUACAGUUCUUCAAUUUCCGCAAUUCCAAGUACGGAGAUCAUUUUAUCAUCAACAAAUGAUAUAAAUUCACAAAGUAGCUUACCAAAUGAAAGUAUUUCAGCUACACAAAGCACUCAAGCAUCUUCAUCAUCAACAAAUGAGUUCAGCUCACAAAGUAGAUUAAUUGUAAAUGCUGGAAGUUUACAAAGUAUUCAAGCAUCAUCAUCAACAAAUGACUUCAGUUCACAAAAUAAUGAUUACAGUUCAUCAAUUGCCGCACUUCCAAGUACGAAAAGUUCAAAUCUAGUCAUUUCAUCAUCAACAAAUGAUAUAAGUUCACAAAGUAGUUUACCAAAUGAAAGUAUUUCAGCUACACAAAGCACUCAAGCAUCUUCAUCAUCAACAAAUGAGUUCAUCUCACAAAGUAGUUCAAUUGUAAAUGUUGGAAGUUUACAAAGUAUUCAAGCAUCAUCAUCAACAAAUGACUUCAGUUCACAAAAUAAUGAUUACAGUUCAUCAAUUGCCGCACUUCCAAGUACGAAAAGUUCAAAUCAAGUCGUUUCAUCAUCAACAAAUGAUAUAAAUUCACAAAAUGAAAGUAUUUUAGUUACACAAAGCACUCAAGCAUCUUCAUCGUCAACAAAUGACUUCAGCUCACAAAGUAGUUCAAUUGUAAAUGUUGGAAGUUUACAAAGUGUUCAAGCAUCAUCAUCAACAAACGACUUCAGUUCACAAAAUAUUGAUUACAGUUCUUCAAUUGCCGCAAUUCCAAGUACGGAGAUCAUUUUAUCAUCAACAAAUGAUAUAAAUUCACAAAGUAGCUUACCAAAUGAAAGUAUUUCAGCUACACAAAGCACUCAAGCAUCUUCAUCAUCAACAAAUGAGUUCAUCUCACAAAGUAGUUCAAUUGUAAAUGUUGGAAGUUUACAAAGUAUUCAAGCAUCAUCAUCAACAAAUGACUUCAGUUCACAAAAUAAUGAUUACAGUUCAUCAAUUACCGCACUUCCAAGUACGAAAAGUUCAAAUCAAGUCAUUUCAUCAUCAACAAAUGAUAUAAAUUCACAAAGUAGCUUACCAAAUGAAAGUAUUUCAGCUACACAAAGCACUCAAGCAUCUUCAUCAUCAACAAAUGAGUUCAAUUCACAAAGUAGUUCAAUUGUAAAUGUUGGAAGUUUACAAAGUAUUCAAGCAUCAUCAUCAACAAAUGACUUCAGCUCACAAAAUAAUGAUUACAGUUCUUCCAUUGCCGCAAUUCCAAGUACGAAAAGUUCAAAUCAAGUUAUAUUUAUUUCAACCUGGACCACAACGGACUUCCAAGGUGCAAUUUCUAUAGAUUCAGGUAUCGUCAGUCGAUCAAAUGAUGUUUAUACAACUUCAACAACAUUCCCACGUGUUUCAAGCGGCAUAAGUAUGUGUAAAAAAGAUGAUCCAUCAUGCAAUUGGCAAAAUUCUGAUCAUUAUUCAUCGUCAUACACUUCAGUACGCUAUCCAUUAUAUAAAAAUUCCUCAGUUUCUCAUAUAGGGUCUUAUCCACAUUCAGUUGAUGCUUCUGCUGGUUUAUCAACGUACUAUCCAAAGACAACCUCGGUGACUCCUGGAGUUAAUCUUUCUCCAAUUUUAUCAAAUGGUCAAGUUUCGAUUUCAUCUACAUCUAUGGCUCCAUCAGCAGAGACAAAUAAUGUUUCAAAUGGUCUAGUUUCCAUCUCAUCUACAUCUAUGGCUCCAUCAGCAGAGACAAAUAAUGUUUCAAAUGAUAAUAAUCAUUCACAUUCUUAUCCAUCUUCAAAUAGUAUUCCAUAUGGAAGUUUAUCAUCCUCACGAUCAAGUUUUUUAAAUGAUAAAUCAAUUUCAACAACAUCAUCUUAUUCAACUUCUUCGAAUUCCAUAGAGAGAAUUGUAAGUGCUUCAGAUAAUUCGGAUUCAAAUUCAUUUUCAGUUGCAAGUAUUAGAACUUAUACUGAUCAGACUACCUUAAUUACAAUUACAUCAUGCAAUAAUGAUAUUUGUCAGGAAACAAUUGCUCCAGGUAUUUUGAGUUUCGUUACAACAACUACAAAUUCAAUUGAAACUAUUUAUACUACCUAUCUUCCAGUAGAAAGUGAAACAAAUAAAGUUAACGGCCUAUCUGGUUCUGCUACUUUAAGUAAUUUUGAAUCAAAAGAGACAACAAAAGCAUUCGGCAAUGACAGCCUUAUUCGAGAAUCUAGCCUAGCUGGUAUCGAAGCAACAAGUGAUAGUAACCAAAAAUUUACAACAUUGACAAAUAACUACAAUAAUCAAUUUACUAAUAUUGCUGUUGAUAACUCAUUUACAAAUUCAAAAACUAUUGAAUCAGUUCCUAAUGCAAGUUUAGAUGCUCCAAAUACAUCAGUUGAUACUGCAAAAGCAAGUGCUUCAGAUUUAUCAAUUAAAUCAGUGACUGGAUUUACCACUGUUGCUAAUUACCCUUCGUCAUCAGAAUUACCUCAGGUAUUUCAAACUACUACUUUUACUUAUUCAAGUGUUUUGGAUAGCCCAUCAACAGCAGCAAUUUCUACAUACGAGGGUUAUGGUAACAAACUAGCUCAAUCGUUUUCAGUUCUAGCAGGACUUUUCAUUUCAUUAUCAUUAUUCUUUUAA